GUAGUAGUCGUAGGUGCCGCCGUUGAGGUUUUUUUUGGGGAAUAUCGAGCGUGAACCGGGUUGUGCCAUACAAAACCCGCCAACCGGGCAACUUACGGUAUGGGAUUGAAGCCUUCAGUUAACAAUUGCUAACGAAUUGAAGCAUCGGAGUACCAUCUUUCGCCGACCGACAUCAGCUGCAGAGACCAUCAUCAAAAACAUCAUCACAGCGUUUAUGUUGCUGGCUAUCGAGAGAAACAACUGGACAGUAGCGAAGAGCCGCCUACUUGCUUGCUGAGCUUGGUUUAAAAAAUCAUCAGUUCCUCAUCAGUCCCUCAUCAGUCUAGCCAUGACCGAGCUGGCCACAAAGUACAACUUGAUCGAUGAAAAGCCUCCAUUCAAUGCGCCCCUCAAGGCGCAAUACAAGCAGGGAUUCGGUUUCUAUACGAUGCGUGAACGAUUACCGAUCAUACUGACGCAGGUGAUCGAUCAGCUGUCGAAGGAUAAGGAGCAGAUAGCGACAAACUUUGGUGGAGACACGGCGCGGGACGAGCUGAAGUCGGCUAUCGGGGAAAUAUCGAAACUGAAGUACGAGCUGCAGACGGAUAAGGACUUUAAACCCAUCCGCAGCAGCGUCGGUGAUGAGACGCUGUGGAACAGCUUCAUUGAGGGGUUGGGUGAAGAGAACUCGUACUACUCGGCGUGCUGGCUGUACGCGGAGACGUACAUGUACCGUCGGCUUAACAACAUCUUCGAGAACACAACAACGCUGCAAAAGCUGGACUACUUUCAGCAGCAAAAGCAUAAGGCCCUGACAAAUUCGUACGACGCGAUGGUAGCUGUGGUGCGAUCGAUCAAUGCGUUCAACGAAACCAACCGAUCACGCGAAGAAAUCGGCGAGUUCUUCCGGAAGCUGUUGAAGCUCAACCUCUGGGGUAACCGUUGUGAUCUUUCGAUCAGCGCAGGACAGGAUGUAAAGCAGGAUGGUGAUCCGUUCAGCUUGUUGGAUGCUCUCGAUCGUUGCAUUGUCAGUGAUCAAACGCAAGCUAUAUGGGAUUGCCUGGUGGCGAAUGCAGCCGAAUCGGGUGUAGUGGAAAUCAUCAACGAUAACUCGGGCUACGAGCUGUUUACCGAUCUUUGCCUGGCGGAUUUUAUCAUCCAACAUCGAAUUGCAUCGAAGGUAUGCUUCAACGUGAAGGCUAUUCCGUGGUACAUUUCCGAUGUGACACCGAAGGAUAUGCAGUGGACCCUCGAUACGCUGGCGGAUAAUGCGACGCAACCGCUGUUGGCGCAAUUUGGUGAACGUUUGAAGCGUCAUUUCCAGUCCGGCGCAUUCGAGCUCCGUCCGGUUGAUAACUUCUGGACCUCGCCGUACGAGUUUCACCGUAUGGCCGAUGUAGCACCGUCCCUGUACGAGACGCUGAGCCACGCCGCGUUACUCAUCUUCAAGGGUGAUCUCAACUAUCGGAAGUUGCUGGGCGAUUUCAACUUUCCCUACACGACACCCUUUCCCGACGUCUUGCGCGGAUUCCUACCCACCAAUCUCUGCACCCUGCGAACCGUGAAGGCGGAUUUGAUCUGCGGCAUGCCUGAAGGGUUAUCCGAGAAGCUGUCGAAGGCGGACCCCUCGUGGAUGGUAACGGGCGAGUACGGGGUGAUACAGUUUGCCUCUAAAUAAGUACCACAACGAACCCGCUGGCGACCGAGUUACCUCAGCGAACGGAUCCUGGUUGUUUGUUUUCCACUCUUGAUGAUGCUUUUCGAUGUUUGUGACUGACUAAUACAUUUGCGUUGAAUAAAGCGAUUGUGGCAGGAUUUUGUUACCCGUACUACGCCUUUCCUCG